ACCCUCUAUCAGAUUAGUGCCGGAAGGAGAAUUUUCCAGCUUCAUGGAAGGGUUAGGACCUGGUCAGUUAGUUGGACGACAAGGAUUAGCUUCUCCUAGUUUAGGUGACAUUCAAUUAAGUUUAGGAGAUAGAAAAGGUAAUUUAGAAGUUGAAGUGAUACGAGCUAAAGCCUUACAACCAAAACAAGGAAAAGUUCCCCCAGCGCCUUAUGUUAAAGUGUACCUUGUUAAAGGCACAAAAUGUAUUGCUAAGAGAAAGACAUCAAUUGCAAGGAAGACGCUUGAUCCUCUAUAUCAGCAAACAUUAGUAUUUCACGAAGAUUACAGGAACUGUGUACUACAGGUCACUGUUUGGGGAGAUUACGGACGAAUAGAGAAAAAAGUGUUCAUGGGUGUAGCCCAAAUUAUGUUAGACGAAUUGGACCUUUCUAAUUAUGUGAUUGCUUGGUAUAAACUAUUUCACGAGUCAUCACUGAUUAACCUCUCAGCUGGCGUGCCACAAACUAUGGUAUCAGUGGAUAGCUUUGGCUGACUACAGCAUGCCUUAGCCUUUUCUACUGCAGAUCGGACAUUACAAAGUGCCACUUGUGCUGCCGGGUGAAUGACAGCCCAGCAGUUUACGAAUCCAUGAAGUCUUAUGCACAGAAGCCCGUACCGUCAUUUCCAGUGGGAAGAGUGCCUGAAAUGUUACGUCAAAUAUAUAAAUAUUCCUCAUCAUGACUUUCCUAUUCUCCAAAAACAAAUAUUCAUAUUUUAUAUUCUCUUCCACAGUGCAAACUCAUUGUGCACGUUUGCUGCGUAUGGUUUACUCAGGACUUCACUGAUGUAUAGGGGUCCACGGGAAUAAAAAUCAAAUUGACCCAUUUAAAAUCUCAUCAAACAAUGCCAAAGCUCCAAUUUCAAAAAUUUAUUGCCAAAAGAACAAAGUUGUGUCGCUAUCUCCAGCGUAGAAGGAUGGUCUUGUUCACUGCUUGAACAAUGCAUUUGGUAAUGUUGCCAACACAUUUCAGGCCAUUAUUUCUAACAGCAGUUUUGUGACUUAGUAUUAUCAAUCUAGAUAUGAAGAGAAAAUAAUUUUUCCUCUAUUUUCUUUUUCCCUUUUUUAUACACUCUCGUAAGUGAAAGAAAUAUGUGCUAGUUUAAAAUGAAAAUAGAAAUGGUAAAUAACAGUAGACAGUAAAAUGCACUAAUCUUUUUAAUAAAAUUUAAGAUAUUUGCAGAUAAGUGCAAAUUUUUUUUUUGAAGAGCUCGAUAUUUUUAUUGAAUGGAUAUCAAGGUCUACACAUCUAGGCACUGCAGACAACGAUCAUCCCAUAUAUGCUUAAAGAAAUGGCGUACACGUUAAUUUUAUGUAAUGGUGACUGCAUUAAUUUAAGUUAUGAAAGAACUGAAAUCUUUUGUAAUUAUUUUUGACAAACAUUAUAAAAAACGUAUAUAUCAUAUCUCAGGUCUUAAAGUUAGAUCUUAUAUCAUGUAAAUUUAGUUUCAACUUUGUAGCAAAUUACUUAGUGUGUAAAAAGAAUUUUUAAGAUUAUGAUUUAUCAUUUUCUCCAAAAAUGAAAAGAAAAAAAUUGUUUUUCUCGUACUGUAUGAAAUUUUCACGUAUACAUAAUUUUUAACAUCUUUGUUGUGUUUUAAAGAUUUACAUUUUGUAAGAGUGUCUGAUUCAAAGACUAAGGAAUCAUGCCUUGUAUAUGUUUGUAAUGAAACUCAGAAAUCUUGAGAAAGAUUUGGGGAGUUAAAAAAUCAAUAAAAACAGGAAAAAAACAGAAAAAAUUAAGAAAAACUGAUAAUUAACUGUGAAUAUAUCUGUACAAGCUCAUUGUAGCUACAGUAUCAUAUCAUGUUAACAUUUUUUUCAUUGAAUAUUAUUAUAUAUAAAGCGACUGCAGUUGUAACAUUUGUCGGUACAGCUUUUUUGGCUGUUGUCUUCAAGAAGUUUGUUAUACGCUUACAUUUUAAAAAAAGUAUGUUAUUGAUAAGUUUUGAUGAUUACAAUAAUUCUCUAUUAUAAUCAUCAUAUCAAUAAUGCAUGCUACUACAUCGAUUAUUACAAUUAUUCUACUAAACAUAAUUAAAUUUUCGUAUUCA